AUGCCUAACUCGAGCAACAUAUCGCCUAAUCAGUUCGUGUCGUUUCUGCAGAGUCUCCCAGCUUUGCGCCGUCUCAACCUGCUAAAUGUCAAGGCGGAUACAAUGGAGAAAUUCUACGCAUGGGAGGGUGUCGUCGUUGCCCAACUUGAAGAAUUAAGCAUAGACGGAAGCUGUGGCUUUAGAAGAGACCUCGAACUGCGCAAUCACUUCCUUAAUCACUGCACUGGCCUACGCAAGAUCGACCUAGACCGUGGACACCCGCUUUCUGCAGAUGCGCUCGUUCAUUUGUCCGGUCUAGCUUCUCUCGAAGACCUUAGCUUGUCUCAUUAG